CGCUAUUUUUGCUCAAUGUACAGGACCACAACGAAGUUUUCUUCAAGAUUAAGCGCUCCACUCAACUCAAGAAGCUGAUGGACGCAUACUGCGAACGUCAAGGAAAGGCCACCUCCUCCGUGCGCUUCCUUUAUGAUGGUAUUCGAAUCCAGCCAACAAACUUGAUAUGGAAGAUGGCGAUUCCAUCGAUGUUAUGGUGGAACAAAUUGGAGGCUGUUAAACGAUAUCCAUCUUACCUUGUUCAAGUAUUUCAAGAGCAGUUGGAUUAAAACAUGUAUGCGAUAUGAAUUAUGGCCAUACUUGGUUUCGACUCUUUCAUUUUUGUUUCUUCAGCCCACUCAAAUUGUAUUAGCGAAAUUAUUCAGGUGGUUGCACUGUUUCGACUUGCUUUCCAAUACUACCAGUGCUUUUCAGUUUUUCCAUUGCCAUUUUCAUAUUUCUCUUAUUAUCAUGAAAUACGUGAAUAUAAAAUUGUACACGGAUACUCUUUAUGGCGGUAACGAUUUCACUUCACUGCUACAGCGCUUGUCAUUGUGAUUACGAAAAUGCAUGAUAUAUUGUUUCUUUGGAGAGUUGAAUAAGAGGUAUAUGUACAGAUUACGCGAUUAUGUGGACUACUUG